GGAUGGAUGGAAAUAGAGCUGAUUACAUGACUACUCAAAAACUGCUCAGAAUGUCUAAAAUCAACCCAAAAUGAGUGGAUGUUAUUUUUUUGUGAGCAGAUACCGUUUACCACAUUCUCAACUUUUACCUCAUCAAUAUCUCAGUGAUGAACAACCUUCAGAUCUGUUUUAGUACCAAAACCCCCUUUGCCAUUGUAAUUUGGAUCUGUGGCCCUGACUGCAGUGAUUAUGGGAUGGUUCAAAAAUGCAAUGUUGUCUCACAAGGAAUGUUUGACGCCUUACAUUUGCUUAAAAGUGUAGAAGAUGCAACAGUAAACUGACUUCAUCAAGUCCAUUUACACCUGGAAACACUCAAUAGCUGCAGUUACAUGGACAAGUGUAAUCUUAAUAAACGUCUGAUCAGAAUAAAAAGGCAUAGUGACCCAAUACUCUGACCCAAUCAGAAUCAUUUCAGAUCCAAAUGGGUGGGUUAUGCCGAUUGUUGAUCCGAUUGUUGGGCAUAUAAACAAUUUAUUGAAAAUGAUUGCAGUGCGGAUGAAGAUGAUGGUACUGAUGUUCAUCUAUAAAGAUCAGAUGACUCACUGAAUGAAAUGUUUUGUCAAGUUCAAGAAGGCAGAACCUUUUAACAUUGUUAGCAUCUUACUGUAUGUCCUCCAUCAUCAGAAAAAUGCCACAUGUUUCAACUUCCUUAGGUUUUGUCUGUGGAUCAGGGAAUUUCACAGCUGCACAGCAUCUGUUUCUGUUAGUGUGUGAAAUGUAUCAUGGGAGGCUGAGAAACUAGCAUUUCAGCUGUUUUUCAGUGGAACAUCAGAAGAACCCCAAAGUUCUCUGAUGACCAAUGUAGAUGAACUUUAAGUCAUAUAAAACUCUUUUUAAUAUGUAUUAUUAUUGUGUUAUUGUCACAAAAGCAUGUACAUUUUCAGCUCAUUCACAAUUCAAAAUAAAUUAAAAAAAACGAAACAUCUAAACAGCAGAAUAAUGGGAAACUUAAUCUAAUAAAAAUCAGAUUAAUCAUUACAUUUGUCUUUUACCAAAUUAAUUGGGGAGAAAUCAACUGGAAAUAAACACGUUUGAUGAUCCAAAAAAAAUGUUUGUAGAAAUAGAAAGAAGUAAAAUGUAAACAUUCCCUGACGUUUGCGCGCUUUACCCACGCUCCCUAACUUCAGAGGCUGGUUUCAUUCAUACUGUUUGCCGAUAGAAAAUGAUUUUUAUCGAGACAUCCCAGAAUAUUCUGUUGUCAGCUGAUGACGCCGUGCGUGCCGCCGGAUCCACGUCCUGCUCUGCAGCCGGCAGAGGAGCCGACCAUCUGACGCAGAGGGGGGUUCUGCUAAGCCGCUCUGACUCGAGCCGUGCGUGCAGACGCAGGCCUGCCGCCGGACGAGCCUCAUGUCAGCGGAGCAUCAUGGCGUGAAGCGGAGGCGCUCUUUGGCUCCAGCGGCACCGGCAGAACGGCGUCGGACUCCCCGAAGGGAUGUUUACCCUCACGGAGGUCGCCUCUCUGAACGAAGUACAGCCAACUUACAGAAUUCUGAAGCCAUGGUGGGACGUCUUCAUGGACUAUCUUGGUAUUGUCAUGCUGAUGUUAGCCAUCUUUUCUGGAACCAUGCAGUUUACAAAGGACCAAGUGGUUUGUCUUCCCAUCUUGGAACAAUCUGAAGAGGGGUCCGGAGGCUUCCUGGAGCCAGAACCACCAGAGCCAGCUGAUGGACUGUGGAACAGAGAGAGUGCAAUAGGAGAGCGAGCAGCUCCUCUGAUGGCAAAGAGGCCCCCUGAGAGCACGGCCCCAAUGAUUCACAUGGCACAAACGACUGCUUUUGGGCAGUCGCAGCUCUCAGGGGUCAGGACAAAGCUGGACUUUCAGCAGUAUGUCUUUGUCAACCAGAUGUGUUACCAUGUGGCUCUUCCUUGGUAUUCCAAGUACUUUCCGUACCUCGCUCUAAUCCACACCAUUGUUUUGAUGGUCAGUAGUAACUUCUGGUUCAAGUACCCGAAGACAAGUUCCAAAGUAGAACAUUUUGUUUCCAUUCUGGGAAAAUGCUUUGAAUCCCCUUGGACUACCAAGGCGUUGUCUGAGACCGCUUGUGAGGACUCAGAGGAAAACAAGCAGAGGCUGGCGUGCGCCUCCUCCCUCCUGAAACAUCUGUCCACCAGCAGCGAGGAAGGCAGCCCCCAUCAGGCCGCCUCCGUGGUGAAUAAAUCAGGACCUGCCUUUUCAGCAGAGAAGCUUGUGAGUGAAGUUCCCUCUAUGACCAUACUAGACAAGAAAGAUGGAGAGCAGGCCAAGGCGCUCUUUGAGAAGGUGCGGAAGUUCCGCGCACACGUGGAAGACAGCGACCUGAUUUACAGACUCUAUGCCAUUCAAACCGUCAUCAAAACAGUAAAGUUCAUUUUGAUCCUCUGCUACACAAUGACCUUUGUAGCAUCUAUUGACUUUGACCAUGUGUGUGAACCUGAAAUAAAGCAUUUAACAGGAUAUGCUAAGUUCCAGUGCACACAUAACAUGGCGUUUAUGCUAAAGAAGCUACUGGUGAGUUACAUUGCUCUCAUUUGUGCUUAUGGGAUCAUCUGCAUCUACACACUCUUCUGGCUUUUCCGGCGGCCGCUCAAGGAAUACUCUUUUGAAAAGGUGAGGGAGGAGAGCAGCUUCAGCGACAUUCCUGACGUGAAGAAUGACUUUGCGUUCCUCCUCCACAUGGUGGAUCAGUACGACCAGCUCUAUUCCAAACGUUUUGGCGUUUUCCUUUCCGAGGUUAGCGAGAACAAACUUCGGGAGAUCAGCCUAAACCACGAGUGGACAUUUGAGAAGUUGCGGCAGCACGUAACAAAAAAUCCUCAGGAGAUGUUGGAGCUUCACCUGUUCAUGCUGUCUGGGAUACCAGAUGCCGUCUUCGAUCUCACCGACUUGGAAAUCCUGAAAUUAGAAUUAAUCCCAGAGGCCAGGAUCACUGCUAAAAUCUCACAGAUGAUCAACCUCCAGGAGUUGCACUUGUACCACUGUCCAGCCAAAGUGGAGCAGAAUGCUUUUAUUUUUCUCUGUGAUCACCUUCAGUGCCUUCAUGUCAAAUUCACAGAUGUUGCUGAGAUUCCCAGUUGGGUAUACCUGCUGAAAAACCUACGAGAGAUGUACUUGAUUGGUAACCUGAACUCUGAAAACAAUAAGCUCAUUGGGCUGGAGUCUCUGCGAGACCUCAGGCACCUUAAGAUUCUGCACCUCAAGAGCAACCUUACGAAGAUCCCCACAAACAUAACAGAUCUGUCCCCACAUCUGAUCAAGCUUGUCAUUCAUAACGAUGGAACAAAGCUUGUAGUGCUGAACAGCCUGAAGAAAAUGGCCAACCUUGCAGAGCUGGAGCUUCAUAACUGUGAGCUGGAGCGGAUUCCACACGCUAUCUUCAGCUUGAACAACCUCCAGGAGCUCGACCUGAAGUCCAAUAACAUCCGUACCAUCGAGGAGGUCAUCAGCUUUCAGCACCUCAAAAGACUCACCUGCCUCAAGCUUUGGUACAACAAAAUCAUUGCCAUUCCACUGUCAAUCAGCCACGUCAAAAACCUGGAGUCUCUAUAUCUCUCGCAUAACAAGCUGGAAUCGCUUCCCUCACCGUUAUUCACCCUUCUCAAGUUGAGGUACCUGGACGUUAGCCAUAAUUGCAUCGCAGUAAUCCCGCCAGAGGUGGGUUUUCUGCAGAAUCUCCAACAUUUCGCCAUCACAGGCAACAAACUGGAGGUAGUCCCCAAGCAGCUCUUCAAAUGCGCCAAGCUGCGGACGUUAUGCCUCGGCCACAACUGCAUCUCCACUGUUCCCGAAAGAGUGGGCCACCUCUCGCAGCUGUCGCACCUGGAGCUGAAGGGAAACUGUCUGGACCGUCUACCCGCUCAGCUGGGACAGUGCAGCCUCCUUCGCAGAUCCUGCCUGCUGGUGGAGGACCACCUCUUCGACUCUCUUCCCACUGAAGUCAAAGAGGGCAUGAAUCAGGAAGCAAAUGUUUCAAAUGGGAGCAAAAGUGAGGGCCGGUAGCAACAAGAUAGGGCAGCAAUGUCUUCUUAGCACUUUCUGAAGGAUGUUGUUCAAGCUGUAGUUUAGUACUGAACACGCCUACCAAGUUAUUCUAACACCUAAACUUUUAAGAUUUUCUGCUUAAACAGAAAAUAUUGUGGCUUAUGUUAAAUGUUUGGACCUUUUUUUCCGCCCCGUUCUUUGCACAGACAUACACAUUUCUCGCAGAAAAGAAAUGAGCAAUUGUUGAUUUAAUUCUGUAUUCAGAGACGUGUUUGUUGGAAAUGCAGCUAUUGACGAACAUUCAGAAUCCCGCUGUCCUUGAGAGGAUUGGGUUGAAUUUACCUCUGUGCUCGCUCCUGCUCAUGUGUUGGAGCAGCGCAGCUUUGACAAAGGGUAACAAAAUCAGCCAAUCACAGGUAUGCUUGGGCUCAUUUUGAAGAAUCCCCUCUAAUCAGAUAACUGAUGAAAAGAGAAAAUAAUAAAAUGUUGAGCUUGAGGAUUUCAGGAUUGAACCACACACAAGUCAGUACUUUUAGUUUUAAAGGAAGCUAUAGAAGUUAACAAAUAACUUGUGUUCACAAGUGUCUGAAAUUACCCUCAGAGUAACAGUUCAUUCUCAGUGAUUUAGGUUGGCUCCGUUUUUUUCUUUUUUCAAUGGGACCUCUGAGUACCCAAAUAUUUCCCCACUGCAUUACUUCCCAUCAAACUUCUUUUCUUGGACGACCCAUAGCUGAAACAGAAGAAAACAUGUUCUUGUACUUAUGUUUCCAUAACACAAAUGAGAAAAACAUUAUCAACAUUCAAUGUCGAAAAAACGCAAAAUUUGCAAUAAAGCUGUUUCCAUUAAAUCAUAAAUGGGAAUAAACAGAAACCAACUCACAUAAUGAGUCACUCAAAAACACGGAUGUGAACAAUGAUUUACAGCAGAUACAUUAAUUUUUGUCUGUGUGUGUCUCAUUACAAUUCACGGAAAACACUGAGGAUAUUUAGACAUCAGAUUUAUUUAUUAUAAAAAGUUCUCAGAAAGCAUCUGUAAUCACGUCUCCAUGUCUGGGUUCAUAAUCUCAUGAACCCAGACAUGGGUUUGGAUCAGUGCUUUUGAACCAAGAUGUCUUAUGGGAAAUCUUUUUUUUUAGCCUAAAGCAUCUUUCUUAAAGAAAAGCAACUUAGUGCCAAUAUUAAUGAAAAUAAAAUAAAAACAUGUAGAAAAUAUAAACAAUAAUAAUGUGUUAAACAAAGAAAAUAAUUUUCCAAACUUUCCAAGUAUUGUUUUUUCAUGAAUAUUUUCUCAAUUCUUUAACCCUGUUAUGGGACUGAGAUGCUCAAACGGACCUUAAAUCAUAAACGUCUCACUUUUAUUAGUGCAUCAAACACAUUUUCCUCUUUCUUCAGAGAUCAAGUUAAAGAUGAUAGUCUUUGACGUACAUUCAUUUAUGAACGACUUGUUUUUUUUUUUAACACAAUGUCCUUUUUUCCCGUCAGACACACAGUUUGGUAAUUCAAAAAAUCCUAGUUAAAGUUUUACAGAAGCUUUUAAUUGUUGUCAGUGCUUAAGAGCCUGUUUGAAAUAUAUUAUUUUUGCUAAACUAUUAGAUUUUACAUUAGCUGAUGGUAGCUUCAAAUUUAUUGACACAUUAUUUAUUUUACUUGAAAUUUGGAAAAACUGAUCAGAUGAAAUAUUGGUUUCAAUGUUUAUGUUUAAUUGGGUUUAUGUUUAAGCUGCUUUUCUUCAGUUCAGGAUGUUUGUUGUUGUGCACCUCCUUUGUUUACUUGAUGACCCUCAGCCCACGCCGUGUAACCCUUGUGCUAUCCUAGGCACUUUAAUAUUGGGAGUUGGGUCAUCUAGACCCACUAGACAGUGCGCUGAACCUUUUUUCUUCAAUGAUUUGUGAUCUUCACUGGUGUCCAUGGAUUACAUGAAAUCUUUCCACCUUUAUCCACCUUUGUCAUGGUAGGGAGAACACGUCAAUGUAAGGGUGGGGUCAUAGGAUAAGCACAAGGGUUAAUGGGACUCUUGGUGGUCACAUUUUAGGUUUGCCUUCGAGUUCUUUUGUUUAUCACUUCUACUGACAAAUCUGUCACAUUUCUGCUUUCCUCCCUCCAGGAUUCCUGUAUUUUGUUUGUCCCUGAACCACCAGACCCUGACACUCUGCUUGUUUUAGUCAUUUCUAUUUAAUAAUAUAAUAAUAAAGCACUUUAAACUAAAUGAAUACAUCCAAGUUAUCCUGUGACAUUUUUGUGUGGAAAUGUUGUUGCUUUUGACUGUCAGUCUUUUAUUAAAUCCUCAAAUUUCACCGGAACCAGCAGAGUAAAGGCUUCUCACUGAUUUGUUUGUUCAGGGAAGAUGAAGGAGAAACUUGUGCUCAGCCUUUGCAAUGUUCCUGAUACAUCUGUGAGUUCCACAUUCAUUCAAUAUUAUAGAUUUUAUUGAAAAUAACAUGGUCCAAAAAUCAUAAUACUUACAUAAUAGGAUAAUAUCGUCACUUUACAGGGUAUGUGUGAUGUUGAGUUGGUAAUGAUCUACUACUACGUUUAGAUAGUACUUAGGUACAAGUUUUUGUACUUAAAAUGAAUCUUAAGGGGAGCAUUUUGUGAAAACAUUGGUUAAUUCAUGCUCUUAUAGAAACGAUGGCUGGAGAAGAAACCAGAGACUCAACAUGACAGCCAUUUAUUGAAUUUUGUCGCCCUCUAGUGGCGAUGCUUGUUUUUGCAAUGUGUUUUUUUUUUACCCCCAAUAAUUGUGGUUGUAGGAUUACACAAACUCCCUUAACGAAUGUCAAAUUAAAAUCAAUUUUAACUUUCUCCACCACCAAUACAAACUCAGAUUAAUUUGGCUGUUUCUUAGACAUUAAUUGAGUUUAUACCAGCUGCUUCAACAAUUUAAUUUUUCCUGCAAAAUCCUGUUUAUCGUCAUCACUUUAUUUCCUCCCACUCUUCCUAUUUUUCUUUCAGAAACAGUAAAAUGUCAUUGUCCACUUUAAAUCACUUAAUUCUUUACAAAGAAAUCAAUCUAGCAAUAGUAGUCAAAACAUGUUUGCAAAUUUAUUUUGGUUGUUAUCAAAGCAUAUGUUUAAUAAAAAGGCUCAUCAUUCAACCUGUGAAAAUGUUGCUUUUGUAGUUUCCUCAAAGGAAUGUUGAAAACAGCUAAAACAAUAUUCAAAUAAAGAACUUAAAGGAACUGAAAAUACGGACAUGGACUGAAGCUCAGACAGCAGCUUCACUGAGGCAAAGUGUCAGGAACACAGUCAAACCUAAAGAAAGCUUUUUAGAGAAAGCUGCUCUGUUUUUGCUGCUGUGUUUAAGUCCUCAUAUUGGUUAUGUACGGGUAUGUUUUUGCUCUUUGCACUGCUGCACAAUAGCACUUCACUAAUGACAAAAACGUAGGCUCUGAUUCCCAUUUUUAAAAAUAAAUGUGUAAUAAAAUGUUGUAAAUGCCUUCAUUGGUUUGCAAUUGUUACGGAAAUGCAAAGAAAUAUGUAAAUAUUUGUAAAAUAAAAAAAUAAAAAAACGCUCUAAUGACAAAACUAUUUCCAUGAUAAAAUGAACUGACUUCAACACAGAGAAACUAAAUCUAAACAUCAGUGGUUUUCUUAAGCUAAAUGUUAUGAGGAACAGUGGUGAUGCUGGUUAAAGGAUGCUGAGGCUGGAGCUGCCAGGAAGGACCAAAGAGGAGAUUCACGGGUGUAGAGAAGGAUGCAGAGGAGAGGAUUAGAUGCAGGUGGAAGAAGAACUGAUGAGAGAGCAGCCAAAAAAGGCAAAGAAGAAGUGGUUAAGCUAAGUCAGGGGUCUGCGACCUUUGACCCUUAAAGAGCCAACGGGUCGCUUUCUCACUGCCACAAGCUCUUACUUUAUCCUUUAGAAAAAAAA